AAGUUUUGCUUUACUGUGGCAAAAUGCACAUAAAAUUUACCACCUUAACCAUUUUUAAGUGUACAGUUCAGUGGCAUUAAGUAAAUGCACACUACUGUGUCAUCAUUACUCAUCUCUAGAACUUUUUAAUCAUCCCAUACUGAAACUCUAACCAUUAAACAGUAAUUCCCCUGGCAACCCUGUUCUGACAGAGACCUAAAACCAUAUUUUAUCUUCAUGAAUUUGGCCGCUCUGGGUAUUUCAUGUAAUAACCAGACAGUAUUUGUCCUUCUGCUCUGCUUAUUUCACUCAGCAUAGUCUCCAAAGCUCAUCCACAUGGUGGCAUGUACCAGAAUUGCAUUCCCUUUUAAGACUUAAUAAUACUCCUAUGCAGUUUUGUAGACACUAGGGUGCCAUUAAAAAAGUACACUCUCCAAGUUAGAAAUCUUUAACUAUAUAUACUAUGAAUACAAUCCGGCUAGCAUGGGAGGGCUAAGCGCAACCGGGGAGACAAGCAUUUCUUUUUCACCUCCGCAGAACACCAAAGAUAGCCGCCCUCAAAAUUGCUCCUCCCAGCCCCCCGGAGGUCUGGAGACGCCCCCCAACACCGCCUCUCCGGGGCCUCCAAGGAACUGCUGCUCCGCCCGCCCCGCCCCCGAUCGCGGAGACUCGGUUUCCCAGAAGUCCCCAGGUUGGGUCCAGCCGGCAGCUCCCGGACGUCCCCUGGUGGUGCACUUCAGAGCGACUCCAGUUCCCGGCGGCCCGCGCGGCACGUUCCCGGCGGAAGGGCUGCUCAUGAUGGCUGCGGCUGGUUCCGCCGCUGUGUCCGGGGCAGGGACCCCAGUGGCGGGUCCCGCAGGCCGCGACCUCUUCGCCGAGGGGCUCCUCGAGUUCCUGCGACCGGCUGUGCAGCAGCUGGACUCUCACGUCCACGCCGUCAGAGAGAGCCAGGUAGAGCUACGAGAACAAAUUGACAACCUAGCUACUGAACUGUGCCGAAUCAAUGAGGAUCAGAAAGUGGCCCUGGACCUCGACCCCUACGUGAAAAAGCUACUUAAUGCCCGGCGCCGAGUUGUCUUGGUCAACAACAUUCUCCAGAAUGCGCAGGAACGGCUGAGGCGGCUAAACCACAGCGUGGCCAAGGAAACAGCCCGCAGGAGGGCAAUGCUGGAUUCAGGAGUUUACCCGCCUGGUUCCCCAAGCAAGUAACAGGCCAGAAGAUGGGACCCAUGCAUUGCCUCAGAGUAGCACAAGUACUGUUCCGGAGCUGCCUUGUUUCCUCCAGGACUCCUCCCUGCAGACCUUGGGACAUCAAAAAGGCAGCCCUGUUGUUUCUCCUUGAAGCACUUAAGUCUUACCUGUUUAUAUGGGGUCCCAAAGAAACCUGCAUACAGCAGGACUAAUGAUCCCAAAGGACUUAUUAUGGCUCUUGCUUCCAAGAAUGAGCUGAGGCCUCUACAUACUCAAGACCCAGCUCCUCUACCUUCAGGCCUAGUUCUCUUCUGUUGCAUGUCCUCUACUUGUGACUUUUUUCCUUUGUUUACAGAGGAUUUGGAGAAGAGGGCAGGCAAAGUCAAGGGAAUGACUCCUGUCUACCCUCUUUUGUUGAUUGCACUUGGCUUGAAUAUAUAGCAGUCCUGCUAGAACCAUAUAAUCCAAUAAAUGCUUAAAACAG